AUGGAGCCGUUCCCCAGCCAAAAGUCAAGAUUGCUCUGGGUCUCAGCAACCAGCUCCUGGGAAGUCGCACCCGGCCAGAUCACAAAGACAACUAUUCCGGGGGCGGAGACAAUCGCAUACUCGAAAGAUUUUCUCACCGGACCGAGUGCCGCUACUCCUAUCCUCGACGGUGUGACCUUCCAGGUUAAGGCCAUUUCAGCAGGGCAUAAGCUCGUCGUAGAGCUGGAAUCGGACAAAAUACGCGUGUGUUCGGUGGCUAUAGGCAAGGCGAAAGUCAAGAUGAGCGGAGUGGACGAAUUUUCUAUCGGGCCACACGGAGUGUUUAAGACACAUUGUGAAGUAUGGAGCAUAGUACUGUCAUACACAUUCUGA